AUGCCGCAAUCCAAGUCAGAACCGAGUCUGAUAGAAGAUUACGAGCAAGCGAGGUCAGAAGUCGGGCCUUCGCCAACGUUAACACGCGCCUCUGUCGUUUCGUCUGGCCCUCCAAGCCCCGUGCAGUCCAAGGCGGGAAGUCCAUCGGCUCAAGCAAAGAAGGAGUCUAGUUCAUCUCAGGAAUAUACCGGCCAAGUCUGCAGUAACUGUGGCACAACUCGCACUCCGUUGUGGCGGAGAUCCCCACAGGGCGCAACUAUUUGCAAUGCUUGCGGACUGUAUCUGAAAGCGAGAAAUGCGGCACGCCCCAUCAACCUGAAGCGCCCCCCAAGUGUUACCGCCAGUGGUGCCCGGCAGUCACCGGUUAGGCUCUCGCCAAAGGGACAUGUUCCUUUGUUGCCUAACGGCCCAGCAGCAACCUAUGUUGCGGCGGAUCAAGCAGCUUCGGGAACUUGCCCCGGCGGAGGGAAAUGCAAUGGAACCGGCGGCGCAGAAGGCUGCAGUGGCUGCCCGGCAUACAAUAACCGAAUUUCGAAGGCCGCGAGCUUAGGCAUGCUGAAAUGCACCUCGAAGUCCAAUGUCUCAGAUGGACCCACGCCAAUUGAUGUUGCUGCAUUGCAGCUUCAGGGUGCAAAUGCCACUGUUGUUAUAGCUUGCCAAAAUUGCGGCACGACAGUAACUCCCCUCUGGCGGAGAGAUGAGGCUGGCCAUACCAUCUGCAACGCUUGUGGUCUGUAUUAUAAACUUCAUGGUGUCCACAGACCAGUUACCAUGAAGAAAUCCAUCAUCAAGCGGAGAAAACGGAAUCGCCAGACGUCUCCUGUGUCAGUCAGCGAUCCGGGCCAGUAUCACUCUUUGUGCUCCAGCCAACCUAGCCACAUGCCCGAGUCACUGACCGACGAGAAUCGGCUUGCGCCGCUGACCUCGAUCGCAAUGACAGAUGCUGGCCGGCAGUCGUCACUGUCGCCUUCAACGUUUCUCUCGCCGUCUCGAAAACGUUCCUUUUCUGCUGCUGAGAUGGAACCCAGCCAAAACGACACCGCCGAACACACCAAGCGUCUGUCAUCUAUUAACUCAAUCUUGAACCCCGCAGCACCAACACCGAGAGCCGAAGACAGUUCAGGAUCACCGCCUCCGACACUGCCCCCUAUCCAGCGUCUCCCAUCGCCGGGGAUUUCAGUGACCUCGGCUCCUGUUCCUCCCGUGCUUCCUCCGCCCCGGGACUAUGUUAGUGAAGCGGAAAGGCUAAAGGCCGAGAGACGGGCAAGGCUUGAAAUGGAAACCAGGCAAAUGAGAGAAUUGCUAGCUGAGAAGGAAAGAGAACUUGCGGCGUUAAUGGAUUAA